UUCGAGAGAUCUAUUCGUGAAGCUGAAAGCUUUUCAUUUGUAGAAGAACCGGUUACAUACCAGCGUGAAAAGAGACACUGUUGCUAGCAACGCAGCAAAGAAGGGAGAAUAUUUGAUCCUCUUCUCCCUCUCUUUCUUCAUUGCUGACCAUCACUGACAGAACGGGCGAGUCGACAUAGUGACGGCUAAUACGAUAGGUGUUAAGUAAGGAAAAUUCUUAGUCACACGCAUUAUUAAUCACAAAUGUGCUUGCUGUUAAUCCGCUACGCAUAACACACUUGCUAGUAAUGCGACACAGCUGGAAGUUUCAUCAAAGUGUAUAGGAAGCGGACGUCCGGAUGUACUUUUGUUGUUAUCACAAUCAAAGAGAUUAAUGCAAGAUUUUACUGGACAAAUGACUGAAUCUAUUAUAAGGUACACGGAUAAAUGAAAAUGUCAGAGUGAUGAGAACAUUUGUGCAAAAUAAAACCGGUGGAACCCUUAAUUGGCACUUGAAUAAAUUGUGACGACAGCAAAAUGGAUCUCGAAGAGAAUUCCCUGCAGGAAAGCUUGCUGAGUGUCUACAAGCCUACUCUAGACAGUGCGCAAGUUUUUUAUAAGCUACUAUUGGAUGCCUUACGAUUCAAGAAUUUUCGUUCUUUCAAAAAAACUAUAGAACAUGAUUUGAUGAAGCAAUCACCUAUUCUGAAUCUCAAUUAUGUAUAUCCGAACACGGAAGAAACAUGCCUCGACAUAGCUAGCAAGAAUGGUUUAACAGAGUUUGUGGAGUAUUUAUUGCGUUUAGGUGCGAAGCCUAAUAGAGUAAAUAAACUACAUAAUCGCGCUCCUAUCCAUUUCGCUACAGAAGGAGGACACGUACCUACAUUGAUGGCUUUGCUAGCGGAACCAACAAUAAAUCCAAAUCUCGAGGCGAAACAGCAGACUGCCUUGCAUAUCGCAGUGAGAAAGAAUGAUCUGAUGUGCGCCGGUUUGUUGCUGGAGAACGGUGCUAGUGCAAAUAUUCCUAAUAGCAAAGGUUUGACGGCUCUUCAUUUGGCAGCGAUGAAAGGCCAACGGGACAUGGUGACACUGAUAUUGGAGAAAAGCCGACAGUGUUCAGACAUUGACACUUACAAAGAUUACAAUGAUCAGACAACGCGAGAGGUGAUUCAAAAAAAGAUGCCGGAUAUAUCAUUGCUGCCUAAAAGCGAAAAUCGUGAGAUAAAUGUGCACGAUCUUAAAUAUUACCUGAUUAUCAACGACGAGAUAAAUUUCCUAAAAAAUAUGGAGUUUAUUAAGAUAGAGAUUCUUUACAGUGUAGCUGAAGAGCUGCUGGAAAUGAGUGUACAAAGAGGCUUUUACAAAAUUACGAUUGGAAUCCUGGAAAAACUUAAAGGAAAAAAGUUUAGCGUGAGAAAAGCUGCGCAAGAGGCCGUUCAGCAGAAUGAUUAUGCAAUUCUUCAGGUAUUGCUAGAGGUGCAGCCAAAUGGAAAACGAGGAAUCGACAAUACGCCCGAUCGACUGAAUUGUUUGAAGUUAAUCUUGGAACAAGAAGACGUGAACGUUCGUUGCAGUGAUAAUAAAGGCAACACUCCACUACAUUACGCAGCCAGAGCUGGCUGCGAAGAAGCAAUAGUUUUACUUCUCAACCGAGGUAGCUACAUCGGUCACAUGAACAAGUACAAUACACCGCCUAUCGUAGAUAUCUCGGCACACACGCUGUCGCGCUACUUCGAUGACUGUUUGCAAACGCGGAAAGAUCGAACGAACGAGUACACGAUUGAAUUUAACUAUUGCUGCUUAAUGCCGCACGACGUAUUCAUAGAUCAAUAUAAAACUCAUCGAGCAACUCGCGAAAUGGAUGUGUUUAAAUACAUCGCCAGCAAUAGCGGUCUCAAACAUCUACUGAAACAUCCACUGCUUUCCUCUUUCCUCUAUCUCAAGUGGCACAGAAUACGACACGUUUUAUACGCAAAUUUCGCCUUUUAUGUGAUCUUUUAUUUUUUGUUAAACGCUUAUAUCCUGAGCAUGACUUAUGACGCUAGGAUAGAAAAUGGGAUGCAAACUGAAACCAACAAUAGAUCCAACAUAACUUCGGGAAGUACUUUGCGAAUUAUUUGGAACCAACAAAAUAAUUUCCUAUGGGCCUCCACCGUUGUGAUGUUGCUGUUGCUCAUCCUCCGAGAAAUUUUUCAAUUUGUCUCCUGUGUUAGGAGUUAUCUAAUGAGCUCAAGGAACUGGAUGGAAAUCGUACUGAUUACGUUCACUAUUGCUUUGUUAAGUGGCGCGGGAGUUCAAAUCGGUGCUGUAGUAAUCUUGCUGUCGGCCUGGGAGUUGGUGAUCCUCAUCAGCCAGCAUCCACGCUUGUCCACCGGCAUCGAAAUGUUCCGGACCGUUUCACUCAAUUUUAUACGCUUUCUGUUUCCCUAUCUGUUUCUUAUUUUCGCAUUUGCUCUGGCCUUCUAUACACUCUUCAAAAACGGCGACGAUACUAAUUUCCCUGAUCCUGGUCUUUCACUUUUCAAAACUAUCAUCAUGCUCACUGGGGAAUUCGAUGCCAAUGACAUUCCGUUUAUUUCACAUCCCAUUUGGAGUCACAUCGUGUUCAUGUUAUUUGUUUUUUUUAUCGCUAUCGUAUUGUUUAAUCUACUUAAUGGUUUGGCAGUCAGUGACACUGCUGAGAUUCUGUGUAAGGCCGAGUUGGUCGGACUUAUUUCUCGAAUACGUUUAGUUAACUACAUUGAAGAUAUAGCGGUUGGCGAGCACUGCGUUCACUGCAAUUUGCGACUGCCUUGGAAUCCUUUUGAUUUUCUUGCUAAGAGAAUUCUUUUGUUUCCUCAUUUCCUAAGAGAUGGUAAAAUCAUUAUCAAUCCACAUGAUAAUCUGGAUAUUUACGAUAAUGAUAGACAUUAUGGAAAGUAUGUUCACAAUGCAUCUGUAAAGAGCAACAAGCAGUGGACUACCUUGAGAAUGGACCCUGAUAUAAUUAAAAAAGCUAAACGUACUAUUUGCAAUAAAAAUCAAUUGACGGAUAAUGAGAGAAUCAUGAUUACAUUGGACAAACUACAGCAGAAAUUGAGUACAAUAGAGACAAUUCUGAAAACUACAAAGUUUGUAGAAUAACAAUAUC